UGGAAACGAGUGAGGGAAGUUCAGUGCGCACGCUUGAUUGUAAUACGUUUUUCCUGUCAAAAUACGAUGCGGUUGUUUCUGCGUUUUAUCGCAAUGCAUCGUCAAUCGUUCUAAUGAUUCGCUCGAGCAUCGUGCUCUGAUUAAAGGAGGAACUCAGACCAACCCACGAAUUAGAACUGUUCGAACAAGUGGAAAUAAAAAGAGCGCGCGUUAGUGUAAAUCCUAGAAAGCAAAUAAUGGAUCAAUACUUUGCGGAUAAGGGUAACAUGCGGAUACGACGAAAAAUCGUCGUACCUUAAUAGUAACGUGUCUUGUACGUGCGUGCGCUUGUUGUCUUGAGAAACUUCAGAAGGUGAAGUCGUAUCAGCCGUCAACAUGGAUAAGUCGGACAACCAGCUGAAAACCUGGAAAAAGAAGAGCAUGAAGACGAGCGGCUCGGCGGACGUCGUGACCCAGCGCGUCCAGGUGGUCGUGCGUUGCAGACCGAUGGACGAGAAGGAGUUAGCCCGUGGUUAUACGCGUGUGGUCGACGUAUUCCCUUCGAGGGGAGUGGUCGAGAUUCGUCAUCCGCGGGACGAUCCUUCCACCGACAAUGUGAAAGUUUUCACGUUCGAUGCGGUCUAUGACUGGAAUUCCAGCCAACAAGACCUCUACGAGGAAACGGUCAGGCCACUGGUAUCUUCGGUUCUUGACGGUUUCAACGGUACCAUCUUCGCUUACGGCCAAACCGGAACAGGCAAAACGUACACCAUGGAGGGCCUGAAGAGCGAUCACGAGAGACGCGGUGUAAUUCCACGAUCGUUCGAGCAUAUUUUUAAUCACAUAGGCAGAUCAGAGAACAUGCAAUACCUGGUGAGAGCUAGUUACCUUGAAAUAUAUCAGGAAGAGAUUCGCGAUCUUUUGCAGCCCGAUCAGAGUCUCAGAUUCGAGUUGAAGGAGAAACCAGACACUGGUGUAUUCGUUAAAGACCUAUCCACGUCGGUGUGCAAGAGCGCCGUUGAAAUUCAGCAGUUGAUGAACACCGGAAAUCAGAAUAGAACCAUUGGCGCGACGAAUAUGAACGAACAUAGUUCUAGGUCGCACGCGAUAUUUUUGAUCACUAUUGAAAUGGGAUCGAUCGAUGAUAGCAGUGGGAUUAGGGUGGGUCGUUUGAACCUGGUAGAUCUGGCGGGCAGUGAAAGGCAAAGCAAGACUGGAGCCUCUGGCGAGAGACUCAAGGAAGCCAGUAAAAUCAAUUUGAGCUUAUCAGCACUAGGAAAUGUAAUUUCGGCCCUGGUAGACGGCAAGACAACGCACGUGCCGUAUAGAGAUUCCAAGUUAACGCGGCUGCUGCAGGACUCUUUAGGUGGUAACUCGAAGACCAUUAUGGUUGCAAACAUUGGGCCCGCUAGUUACAAUUACGACGAGUCUUUGACAACGUUACGGUACGCGAAUCGGGCGAAGAACAUUAAGAACAAACCAAAAAUAAACGAAGAUCCGAAGGACGCGCUAUUGAGACAGUAUCAGGAAGAGAUCGGUCGAUUGAAGGAGAAGCUGGCGCAAAAGGGCACUGUGCAAAGACGAAAGAAGAAGUCGAAGAGAAAGAAGGGAGACGAAGCCAUAGACUCAGAGUCGGAAGCGGAAGACAGUCGGGGAGAGGAUAAUAAAAUAGAGACGGAUAAGAAAUUAAUUGCGGAACAAUUGAAAGCCGAGAAGCAAGAGACCGAGGCACUGAUAAUGAGAAUAAAGGAUUUGGAAAGUAAGAUGCUUUGCGGUGGUAAGAAUAUCAUUGACCAUACCAACGAACAACAGAGAACGCUAGAACAGAAAGCCGCGGAAAUUGCCGAGAGAAAGAAACGAGAGGUCGAAAUGCAACAGAAACUGGAGGACGAAGAGCUAACUAUGCUAGGCGUGAAAGAAACUUAUUCGAACUUGCAACAAGAAGUGGAUGUGAAGUCGAGGAAGCUCAGGAAAUGUUUCAAUAAGUUGCAAGUUCUGAAGCAGGAACUCGAGGACGUCACUAACGACUUCAACAGAGACAGAAGAGACUUGGAACAAACUCAACACGAGCUAAUGAAGGAACUAAAACUAAAGUAUCUUAUAAUCGAGAAUUUCAUUCCCGACGAAGAGAAGAAUAAGAUCCUAUCGAGAAUUCACCUCGACGAAGAGGAAGACGGCUGGGUAGUAAAGGAAACAGAACCAUCCAGCGUAGACUUGAUAAGGAGACCCACGUCGAUUCCUGGUGCCCGUAGGCCAGUCUCCGAAUAUGCCCGAAUUGCUCUAGCCAUGGGAGGAGGUAGUCGUUAUGCGGGUGAAAAUAUAUUGAAUCUAGACCUAGAUAUGCCAGCUAGAACAACGUUAGACUAUCAAGGACCCGCUAUCGCACCUACGAUUCAAGCUGUUCUCGAAGAAGCGUUGCGAGACGAAGGAGACAUCGACGUCGAUGCGUCUAGUGCGAAACUUAGAUCGAAACCACGUUUACAAUCCGCGAAAGUACGACCUAAAAGCGUUGGAAAGAUCCCUCAAAUCCCAGCGCCGGUUUAUCCAAAGAUGAGAGGUCUUGUACCGAAGUAGACAAUUUUUUAAUACGUUCCGAUAAAGUCUGUAAAGAAACGUGUAAAUAUUGUACGAACCGCAUCGUGAGCUUUGAUUAAUAUAUAUAUAUAUAUAUAUGUAUAUAAUUAUAUAUAUUAAUAUAAUUAUAUAUAUAUAUAUAUAAUUAUACGAUUCGUUGUGAUACGACACAUGGUAGUCUGUGUGCAUCGAUAGGCACGAAAUAGCCGAAAUCUUUGUAACUCUCUAGUCAGUGUGCACUGUGCAGCCACAUGGUAUUAAUAUAUCGAUUAUUUCUGUGUCCAAGUCAGAUUCCUAUUCGUUUAUGAAGACUGGAAUGCGUAAUUUUUGUUUGCCUUUUUUGUAGUAUUUGUUAGAAUAGAAAUACGAAACAUAAGAAGAAAUAUAA